AUGUCAUUAUCUAGAUAUGUCAUCGUGUUAAGCGAGAUGUCACCAAGAUACAUUAGGUGGCCCAAUGCCUUUGAAAGAGAGGAGAUCAAGACAGCAUAUGAAGAGCAGUACGGCUUCCCAGGUGCUGUGGGGGCUAUAGAUGGUGUGCACAUGGCUACCGCACCUCGGAUUCAGCCUCAAAAUUAUGUCAACAGGCACCAUACAUAUUCAAUUUUAGUUCCACUCUGUUGUACCAAUCUGUUGUACAGAGAUGUGUGUUGUGGCGAGAGUGGUGCUGUUGGUGAUGUUCGCAACUUUAAAAGGAGUCCUUUGAGCCGAAACCUCACACGCCCUGAACUUCUUUCGGAGGGUGAACAUCUUAUUGGGGAUGAAGCUUACACCUGCACAGACAUGUUAUAUAUAGAUUUCUGUUCUAAUAAACAAAAAUAUGACAAUAUGACCGUCCAGUACUCAAUUGCAUCUCUUUAUUUGACGGCAUCUCAGAAGCUUAAGUAG